CGAUAUGCUUCCAUGGCAACGAUCUUGUUGUUUCCUUUCUCAUCAGUGUAAACUUACGUAACUCAAUCGCCAUUAUAUGGUGAUAUUUGGCGAUCGUUUUAGACUUACUAAACUAUAUUUAUUAGCAGCCGCCUCUAUGGAGCAAUCGCAUGCAAUUCCGAUGGUGAACACCGAUAGUGACGCAACUGUAACAUCAACGAAAACGUUGCCGUUAUUGGAAACGGCGAAUUCUGAGACUGUUACGGAGAGCUUUAAAAUUCCUACAUUCAAAAUUGUAUCACGUGUUCGUAUAGAAAAAGCGCCAUUACCAUUUGAGGAGAUUCCUGGCCCGAUGAUCCUGAAACUAUGGGAAAAAUAUUGGAGAUACGUGCCACUCCUGGGUACGCAACUGUUUUGCAGUCUGCUAAUAAGCAGACUUACCCAGGGACGAUUAUCCUGGAAUCGCAAUGUCACACCAAUUAAGUACUUGUUUGACGAAUAUGGAUGCAUCGUGCGGAUUAACGGGCCACUUGUAAAUGAUAUAAUUAUGAUUCACAGGCCUGAACACAUAGCCGAGGUUUUCAAUCGGGAAAGCGAGUCACCUAUUCGCAGCGGCAUUGACAUCCUUCAACAUUACCGUCUUAAUCAUCACAAGUAUCGUUCUGCCGGAGCAUUUUCUCUACAAGAUUUGGAAUGGUUGGAAGUGAAGAAAAAAGUUGAUCAACCGUUGCACGAAACUAUUUCCGAUCAUAUUGAGAAAUUGGAUUCAGUGUGUAACGAAUUAAUUACUAGAAUUCGUGAUAUACGUAACCGUCAAGAUGAGGUACCAGCAAAUUUUCAUCGAGACCUCACUUCGUGGGGCAUGGAAUCUUUCUACAUGACAAUGUUCAAUAAACACUUUGGUUUUCUUGAUUCUACCUCAAAAUUGGCUCCUGAGGCCACAAGAAUUAUUAAUGCGUUAAUCACGGCUCACACAUAUAUGAGUCGCUGCGAAACUGGAUUUCAGGUGUGGAGAUUCUUCGAAACUCCAUUCGUCAAAAAGCUUUACGCAGCCUGCGACAUUCUCGACGAAGUUAUUGGAAAAUAUAUUCGCCAAACUCAGAAUAAGCUGGAAACUUCAUCACUGUCAAAACAAGAAAAAUCUAUAAAUGAAGAGAGAAAUUUACCAUUACUCGAAAAAAUGAUGCUUCAGCGUAUCCAUCCAAAUGACAUUUCUAUCCUCUUGAUGGACAUGAUAAUUCUAGGCGUUCAAGCUGUCGUUAAUUCCGAAGCGUUCCUACUUUAUUUCCUAGCAAAAAAUCCGAGAAUACAAAGGCGGUUGUAUAAUGAAAUAACCUCUGUUCUACCUAACACAGAAUGCGUUCCGACAAAAGAAAGUUUGGAAAAUAUGCCGUAUUUAAAAGCAUGCAUAAAGGAAAGUCUUAGGUUGCGACCAGCAUUUCCUUAUUUAACAAGAUUAUUGUCGUCGACAAUUUCGUUACAUGGAUACACGAUACCAAAGGGAACUUUUGUCAUAAUGGCAAGUCAAAUAACGUCGCAGCGCGAGGAACAUUUUGAAGAUCCUGAGAAGUAUCAACCAGAAAGAUGGUUGAAUCAAGAUGAAUAUAUACAUAAUGAUUAUCAAGAAUAUUCCUGUCUACCUUUUGGCUAUGGCGUACGAUCCUGUCUGGGAAGAAAUAUGGCUGAAACAGAAAUGAUGUUACUCACUGCAAAACUGGUACGAGAAUUCGCGAUUGAGUAUGAUUAUGCUGAGAUCCAAAGUCGAUUUCUCAUGGUAAACGUACCAAAUAGACCAUUACGUUUUCGUUUUGUAGACAGAAAUUAAAAAAUAUAUAUACGUGGAAUUCAAAUAAUUAAAAGAAUCUGAAGAACAAGACAAUUAUUUAGAUGUAGAGUUAUAUCUAUAUUACGAUUAUAUUGUAAGAAUUGUUAUAUCGUAAAGAUUACCUUUCUGUACAGAAAGAAACACUGUAUAAAAGAGGGAAAGCUAAUGUAUUAAACAUAUACUUUUUCUCAUGCCAAAUUACAUAUUAUUUUAUUAACAGGAUAACUUAG